AUGACGUCGGCGAUGAACCACGAUGCUCCAGUGCUGAACUUUGCAGGUGGGGUCACCCAGGGCAUCACUGCGCUCCUGGAUAUCUUGGAUGUCAACCUAAGGGCGUUGUCACAAGAUGACGUGCCGGACAGGAUCAGCAAAGCUACACAGAUCUUGAAGCACAGUGUGGGUCGGCUGCAGCAAGAGAUUGAGCAAAGCGUCCAUAGCAGACACUUGGUCGCUCAGUUCCAGGGGCCGCCUUCGUCUUUUCCGGCAGCUCGCUCAUCCGUAGCUUCGACUCGCCCAUCCGUCGCUUCGACUUUCGCGGCGAUACCCUCAUCGUCUCCUUCCAGGCCCUCCUGGCACACGCCCCUUCCCGUGGAGCCGACGGCGCAAAGCGCUGCGGCGGAGUCCUGCUGGCACCCCAUCUGCGCGGCGCCCAGCCCGCUGGGCGCCGGCGCCGGCGGCGCGGGCGCGGCGGGCGCGGAGCUGCCGGAGUGGCAGGGCACGGAGGAGGCGCAGGAGGAGCUGCCCUUCGACGGCAUCGACAACGAGGACGUGGGGCCCUACGCCUCUGAUCGCCACGCCUCGGAUCGGCCGGGCGGCUCGCGGCUGGCCGUGGUGAGCCACGCCUCCAGCCGCUCCGACAAGGAGCUGCCGCCCAUCGCGGAGCGCCCCACGGAGUCCAGCCGCGUGCCGGGGGCCUGGGGGAAGAUGCCGGAGCCCGACGAGUUCGAGGACCUGCCGGAAGUCGAGAAUCACCUCUUCAAUCCAAACUGGACCGGCAAAAUGACCUGGGAUUUCGCCGUCAUGUUCCUGGUGGUCACGGACUCCAUCAUUCUGCCAUUCCAGCUUUCAUUCAAGCAUGGCAUGCCGGAGGAUGCUUUUGAUGAAGUUUGGUUUUGGAUUACCACCGUGGUCUUCUUCACGGAUGUCCUCUUCUCCUUUAACACUGCCAUCGAGAACCCCUCGCAGCCUGGCACGUGGAUACUCUCCAGACUCCGCAUUGCCAAGAACUACUUGCUCGGCUGGUUCUCCAUCGACUUCUUCAGCACAAUUCCGUACGGACGCCUGGCCGAAACCUUUGGCGACGGAAGCUCUGCAGGUGCUGUGAGGUUGCUCAAGAUGCUGAAGUUCCUGCGAAUCAUGCGGCUGAUGCGGAUGCUGCGCAUGUCCAAGCUCCGCGCGGUCUGGGAGCGAUUGGAGAUUCGGAUCGGCUCCAUUGCCAUCAUUCAGAGCAUCAUGCUGAUGAAAGUGCUUUUCUUCGUGGUGGCCAUGUGUCACUGGAGCGCCUGCCUCUUUUGGGUCAUCGGGCGCCCGGAGAGUCUGCUCACGGACCUGCUGCCCGGCGACAGCGCGGAGAAGUUCCAGCAAAUGCCGCACUGGACCACUUUGAGCCGGCGAGAUGGGCCGGAUCAAGGCGAGUGGUCCUACGAGCAAAAGCCGCUUCCGGAGCAGUACAUUUUUUGCUUCUACUGGACGCUGGGCGUGAUGCGUACCAUGCCGGCCGAAGUCACCCCAGUGAACUUCCCAGAGCGCAUCUUUGUGCUGCUGUUCAUGUUUUUCGCGCUCUCAGCGUUCGCUGUCUCUGUGGCAUCGCUGACGCAGGCCUACUUCAAGAUUUUCGAGCGUGGUCGCACCUUCAACGACGAGCUGUUCUUCGUGCGAAUGUACAUGAACCGCUUCGGGGCCCAGAAGCCCCUGGAGCAGCGGGUGAAGAAGUUCCUGGCGCACCUCUUCGAGCGCCGGAGGAUCAUGGCCAAGGAGACCAACCUAAUGGAGAAGCUGCCGGAGGUACUGAAGCAUGAAGUGCAGAGCAUGCUGGUGUGGCAUCACUUACAGAAGCUGGAGAUCUUGAAUGACCUGGGCAAGGGUGCUAUUCAGGAGAUUUGUGCAGCAUCCACCCUUUCGGAUCACAUGCCCGGCGUCCUCCUUUGUACCAAGGGCGAAGUCGCGGAGUACGCGUGGAUCCUGUGCUCGGGCCAGCUGCAAGUUCUGGAUGAGCAAGGGUGUCGGUGGCGCAGCAUGAUGGGAGCCAGUCGCAUGACUGUAGUGGACCAAGAGACGCUGACCACACCGGAGACGGUGAAAUCGCCGCUGACGGUGUCUACAGCAACGGUGUGUGAGCUCCUGCAGAUCAGCAAGGCCACCUUCUUAAAGUUUGCUGGCCAAGACCAAGCUGGCGCCACCAGGAUUUGGCGGAAGAAGUUCCAAGCUGCGAACACGGGCGUCAUCAAGGUGCAGUUUUCCGGCUUGGAGACGGACGAGGCGCAGAACACCAUCUGCGCGUCUGCGACCACCGCCGUGCUCAUGUCCGGCCACUGAAGGAUGUGUCUUGGAGUUCAGCAGGGGUGAGUGGCGCUCAGCGGUACGGCUGUGUGUCUGGUUUUUUUGGGACCGCUUUUUGGUGGG